AUGGGAAGAGCUACCACCGCAGCCAACGGCAACCCGCAAAACGUCCAGGGCAUCACUUCCUACCAACAGCGAAUAACUGUCCAGCAUCCUCUGCCCAACCAAUCAGAAUGUAGGAAAAUCUACAGAUAUGACGGCAUCUACUGUGAAUCUACCUACCAGAAUUUACAAGCCUUGAGAAAGGAAAAGUCCCGAGAUGCUGCUCGCUCCCGUCGGGGAAAGGAGAAUUUUGAGUUCUAUGAAUUGGCGAAGUUGCUGCCACUGCCUGCAGCCAUCACCAGCCAGCUUGACAAGGCAUCCAUCAUCCGACUUACAAUUAGCUAUCUGAAAAUGAGGGACUUUGCAAAUCAGGGAGAUCCUCCAUGGAACUUGAGAAUGGAAGGACCUCCACCCAAUACUUCAGUAAAAGGUGCCCAACGAAGGAGAAGCCCCAGUGCUCUAGCCAUUGAAGUAUUUGAGGCACACCUGGGAAGCCACAUUUUACAGUCCCUGGAUGGAUUCGUAUUUGCACUAAAUCAAGAAGGAAAAUUUUUGUACAUUUCAGAAACUGUCUCCAUCUACCUAGGCCUUUCCCAAGUGGAACUGACAGGCAGCAGUGUAUUUGACUAUGUCCACCCAGGAGACCAUGUGGAAAUGGCAGAGCAGCUGGGCAUGAAGCUUCCGCCCGGGCGAGGCCUCCUCUCACAGGGGACAGCAGAGGAUGGAGCCAGCUCAGCGUCUUCAUCUUCUCAGUCUGAGACCCCUGAGCCAGUGGAAUCAACAAGCCCCAGUCUACUAACCACUGACAACACCCUUGAGCGCUCCUUUUUCAUCCGAAUGAAAUCGACUCUGACCAAGCGCGGAGUUCACAUCAAAUCGUCAGGAUAUAAGGUGAUUCACAUAACAGGCCGGUUACGUCUGAGAGUGUCUUUGUCCCACGGUCGGACAGUCCCCAGCCAAAUCAUGGGUCUUGUAGUGGUCGCCCAUGCUUUGCCCCCUCCUACGAUCAAUGAAGUCCGGAUCGACUGCCACAUGUUUGUUACUCGAGUAAAUAUGGACCUCAAUAUCAUUUACUGUGAAAAUAGGAUUAGUGAUUACAUGGAUCUGACCCCUGUAGAUAUUGUAGGGAAGAGAUGUUACCACUUCAUUCACGCCGAAGAUGUGGAAGGAAUCAGGCACAGUCACUUAGACUUGCUGAAUAAGGGUCAGUGUGUGACUAAAUACUACCGCUGGAUGCAGAAGAACGGAGGAUAUAUUUGGAUACAGUCUAGUGCCACCAUAGCUAUUAAUGCCAAGAAUGCAAAUGAGAAGAACAUCAUCUGGGUCAAUUAUCUCCUUAGCAACCCAGAGUACAAGGACACUCCAAUGGAUAUUGCACAACUCCCUCAUCUGCCAGAGAAAACCUCUGAGUCCUCGGAGACCUCCGAUUCAGAAUCAGAUUCUAAAGACAACUCAGGUAAGGGAAAGACUCCAGACAACGAAAACUCCAAGUCCGACGAGAAGGGGAACCAAUCCGAGAACAGCGAGGACCCAGAGUCCGACCGGAAGAAGUCCGGCCGCCAGUCGGAUAACGAAAUGAACUGUAACGACGACGGCAACAGUUCCAGCAAUCAGGACAGCCGGGACAGCGACGACAGCUUCGAGAACUCGGACUUUGAGACCCAGAAGGCUACAGAAGACAGCUUCGGCACACUGGGCUCCAUGCAGAUCAAGGUGGAGCGCUACGUGGAGAGCGAGACGGACCUGCGGCUGCAGAACUGCGAGUCGCUGACCUCGGACAGCGCCAAGGACUCGGACAGCGCGGGCGAGGCGAGCGCCCAGUCUUCCAGCAAGCACCAGAAGCGCAAGAAGAGGAGGAAAAAGCAGAAGGGGGGCAGCGUGAGCCGCCGCCGGCUGUCCAGCACCUCGAGCCCCAACGGGCUGGACGGCGCUCUGGUGGACCCGCCGCAGCUGCUGUCGUCACCAAACAGUGCCUCAGUGCUCAAAAUCAAAACUGAGAUCUCAGAACCUAUCAAUUUUGAUAACGAUAGCAGUAUUUGGAAUUACCCUCCCAACCGGGAAAUCUCAAGGAACGAAUCGCCCUACAGUAUGACCAAGCCCCCCAACUCCGAGCACUUCCCUUCCCCCCAAGCCAGCAGUAGUUUACACGUCUCCAUUCCAGACUCUGUCCUCACCCCGCCGGGGACCGAGAGCACUGCCAGCCGCAAAUCUCAGUUCAGCACCUCAUCCAACUCGGCCUUGGCCCCCGUCUCCUCCGACCCCCUGUCGCCCCCGCUGUCCGCGUCCCCCCGGGACAAGCACCCCGGCGGGGGCGGCGGCGGAGGAGGCGUCGGGGGCAGCGGGGGCGGUGGGGGCAGCGGGGCCGGUCCCAGCACGUCUUCCAACUCUUUGUUGUACACUGGGGACCUGGAGGCCCUGCAGAGGCUGCAGGCGGGCAACGUGGUGCUGCCUCUGGUCCACAGGGUCACGGGCACCCUCUCCGCCACCAGCACGGCCGCCCAGAGGGUCUACACCACUGGCACGAUCCGCUACGCGCCCGCCGAGGUUACUUUAGCCAUGCAAGGCAAUCUGCUCCCCAACACCCACGCGGUGAACUUUGUCGAUGUCAACAGCCCCGGCUUCGGGCUGGAUCCCAAAACACCGAUGGAGAUGCUCUACCACCACGUCCACCGACUCAAUAUGUCGGGACCAUUCGGGAGUGCAGUGAGCGGGGCCAGCCUGACCCAAAUGCCGGCAGGGAACGUGUUCACCACGGCCGAGGGACUUUUUUCCACUCUUCCAUUUCCUGUGUAUAGCAAUGGUAUUCACACUACACAGACUCUGGAGCGGAAAGAGGAUUGAGAC